AUGCCUCAGAAACAUGAUGAAAGCCAAGUAAUAUUGGCCCUUCAAGCUAUGCAAAAUGAUAAAAAUCUAAGCGCUCGAGCCGCUGGCAGGAUCUAUCACGUGGAUCAUGUGAAGCUUAGUCGCCGCCGGCGUGGCAUGCAAUCACGAUGCAAUAUAUCAGCCAAUUCACGGAAGCUCACUGAUCUAGAGGAAUCAACGAUUGUCGAACACAUACUUGAUCUAGAUUCCAAAGGGUUUCCUCCUCGGUUGUCUGGUGUGGAAGAUAUGGCCAACCGACUACCGACUACUCACAACGCGCGACGCGGGACGCGUUGGGGUAAACUGGGCUAG